AUGUCUCCCUUAAUCCUACCCGAAUUCAAAGGCUCGACAGUGGACGUGUCGAUAAUUCAUGCUGGGCAAAUAACCGUGCCCGCGGUUCACAUCUUGCAAUCUCCUAUCCCAGGACAUGACCUGCUUGAUAUUCCUUGCUACAGCUUCCUGAUCGAGAACAACAGGAGCCAGAAGGUCCUUUUUGACCUUGGUCUUAGAAAGGAUUGGAGGGAGAAGCUACCACCAACUAGCCAAAUCGAAUCUGCUAAGGCAGUUGUGAAGAUUGAGCAAGAUGUUGCUGAUCAACUUUCCAAGGCCCAAAUUCCCCUGGAAUCAAUCAACACUAUCAUCUGGUCCCACCACCAUAUGGACCAUACUGGGGACCCAUCCCUGUUCCCUCCAUCCACAGAGCUAGUCGUUGGCCCUGGAUUUCAGCUAGACAAAACCACGUCUCUAGGGUAUCCUAUGAAUGCGGACGCCCUGGUGAAUGACGAUGCCUUCCUUGGGCGGAACUUGGUGGAGCUGGAUUUCAGUGGUGCCGUAAACAUUGGAGGCUUCCUGGCUAUCGACUUUUUUCAAGAUGUGACGACAGGAAUUACUAACACUUUCAAAAUAGCCAAGAAUCAUAUCAGUGCUCUGGCCCGUACGUCGGAGAACUACUUCAUCCUUCUUGGGGGUGAUGUCGCUCAUCACCCGGGUGAAUACCGCCCAACAGCACACCUCCCACUUCCGAUAGAGAUCAGACCAUCGCCACUUGACAAGGCUAUCUGCUCAGCAUCUGCAUGUCCCUCUUAUAUCUUCGAAAAUAUAUCCCCUGCGAAAGCGAAAGGCAAAGAGGCGCGAGUCACCCCGUUCUAUGAGUUGAAUGCCGCAAUCAAUGAAGACUUAGAAAAUGCUGAGGCCUCGCUCGAUAAAAUGGCUGUGUUUGACGGCUCGGCCAACAUCUUGAUAAUCAUUGCGCAUGAUGCGAGUCUUCUGGAUGUCUUACCUUUCUUCCCCAAGAAGAUUACCGACUGGGAUGUGGAGGGAUACAAGGAAGCCGGGGCUUGGCGAUUUCUGAAGGACUUCAGCGGGGCAAUUAGUCAACCUAUAUAG